UUCAUACCAGAGUUUAUACCAGAGGUGUUGCUUCAUUUAGAUUGCGUUUAUGCACUUACGUAGAAUAAGCUUAACUGUGUGCUUUGCCCGAGGAAACCUUUUUAUUUUGUUGUAAAGACCUUUAACUAAGUUUUAUUUAUUCGUGAACAAUAUUGUAACGUUGUAACUGUAUCUGUGCUCGGAUAGUCUUCGAGGGAGCAACAGCGGAAGCAUUGAAGAAGAAGACAGAUUCAUUUUUCACCAGAACUAAAAAACUAAAGACUUUCCCUCAAACAUUUACUAUGUCUAACUUCAACUGGAAGCCCUUUGUGUAUGGAGGUUUGGCUUCUGUAACUGCUGAAUGUGGUACCUUCCCUAUUGACCUCACCAAGACCCGUCUUCAGGUGCAAGGCCAGGUCAGUGACGCCCAACACAAAGAGAUUCGAUACCGGGGGAUGUUUCAUGCUCUUGUCCGGAUAUACAAAGAAGAAGGAUUGAAAGCAUUAUAUUCCGGGAUUGCCCCUGCUGUGCUGCGGCAAGCUUCCUAUGGAACGAUAAAGAUUGGCACGUACCAGAGCUUCAAACGCCUCUUCGUUGACAGCCCAGAAGAGGAGUCCCUGCUGGUCAACAUUCUGUGUGGAGUUCUGUCUGGAGUGAUCUCCUCUUCCAUUGCUAACCCCACGGAUGUAUUGAAAAUACGAAUGCAGGCUCAGGGAUGCGUCAUGCCGGGAGGAAUGAUUGGUAAUUUCAUCAAUAUCUAUCAGCAGGAAGGAGCUCGUGGCCUUUGGAAAGGGGUGUCCCUGACUGCUCAGCGGGCAGCCAUUGUGGUAGGAGUGGAGCUGCCAGUGUAUGACCUCACAAAGAAGCACCUCAUCAAGUCUGGGCACAUGGGAGACACCGUCUACACGCACUUCGUCUCAAGCUUCGUAUGUGGGCUGGCAGGAGCUCUGACUUCCAAUCCUAUUGAUGUAGUCCGGACUCGCAUGAUGAACCAGCGAAGCAUUCGGGGCGGGACCUGUGCAGGCUACAAGGGCACGCUCGAUUGCUUACUGCAGACUUGGAGGACAGAAGGAUUCUUUGCACUGUACAAGGGUUUUUUUCCAAACUGGCUGAGACUUGGUCCAUGGAACAUCAUUUUCUUCCUGACAUACGAGCAGCUUAAAAAGAUUGAAGUGUGAAAACGAUGCUUUACUUGACUUGGAAGAAGGAGACCAAGGCUGUAUUAGAUGCUUUAACCUGCACAUCAAGGUUUUUUGGCAAAACUGUGGUGCCAGUAUUAAUGCAUGCUGAGGAUACUCUGGCCAAAGUGGAGGAGUUUUUAAGUACAGAUUGCUGUCUGAGAAGAGGCAGUAACAGCACUGUUAAUGUAAAAAGUGGCCUUCAGUUCUAUUAUUUAUUGCAUAGUAAGUUUUGAUUUGAUGGGGAAUGGUAAUGGUUUCCGUAUAUAUAUGGACAAUAAUUGUUAUGUUAUGCCUCUCUGGUCCUAUUCACAGAUGUUUAAUUUUAUCUAUUUUGAUUUAUUGAAGUUUUAAUAAUCCUAAAAUUGUUCUUGAGUUCCCUAAAAGCCUCCUUGAAAAGGAACCGAAAUGUAUUUGAUUUGUCAAACAGACUUUUAACAAAAACAUUCUUUACCUAACUCAUGAGGCUAAGCAAGGUAAGCUGUAGGUACUAUCUGCAUAGCAACUGCUGUGAAAGAUUUCAAGAGUUUACUGCUUUGAACAAUGAAGCAGGAAAGGUAAUGCCUUUUUUCACUUGACUGAGAAUGCUUAAUGCUUUAUAGUGUUGUGCUGUAUGUUAAUGUGGUAUUGCUAUCAUCGUACAUAUUUUGAUUAAUGAAAGUCCACAAGGUUUGAAAAAGGCUUACAAAGCUUUUUUUGGCUGUUUUAGGGUUAGCUGUUUAACUUUUAAGAGUGUUUGUAAACACUCUCUUAAAAAAAUAAAUAAAUAAUAGGGCCCUUUGCUUUUAAAUUAAGAAGAUGAACAAGUUGAAACAGUUGAUGCUAAUUUUUUCCACAGUUAUGUUUAGUAAGUUCAGAUGUUAUCAGGGUUGGCUCAUGUUAGCGGUUAACCCAGAAUUCAUGCCAGACUAUGUUAUCUUUAACCUAUUUGACCUAAAGAAUGUAAAGAAAAUAACCAGGUCAAAGAUAAAUCCAGAGUAGGAAGCCAGUUUCCACUCUGUGGAUUUUAUUGUUCUUUGUGAUAACACUUCUGUUUCCUUGGUGUAUUUGUUGUUCCUAUCUUCCCAUGAGCGGAUUAUUGACAUCACACUUGCACUUUAUUAUAGCAAUCAAUGUAUUCUUCAUAGAGAUCAGUGGAACCUCAACCGUUUUACAAUAAGAUAAAAACAUAAUGCAUCAAAUACAGUGGAAUCUUUUUAGUAUGGCCAACAGAGGGGCUGAGUAAUGGUCUUUACUGAGAGAUGAUCCUAAUAGAUGGAUCUAUUGAGAUUUAAAGGAUCUGACCUUUCUUUACUGAGAUGGUCAUAAAGAGUGAGUUAACUAUGUAAGUAUGUGUAUGCCCAGCUGAUACCAAGUAUAUUUUAAAGAAACAUUUUGGAUGUGUGUUUAUAGUUACUGUUUUUAUGAGAUAUAGAAAUACAUACACUUUAUACUUUGGGAGUUUUAAUAUAGAUUAAAAGACCUUUUCGCUUGCUAAAAAGCUCUGUAUCUUUUGAAUAUGAUGAUGUCAAGCGCACAAUCUAUUAACAAUAGUUUUCCUGUUCAGUUGGACGUAAAAUAUCAAUGUUCAUCUUUCAAAGUUGUCACCCAGCAUGUCCUUAAGAUAUGGAAAGGCAGCUUGUUAAUAGCCUCUGUAAAGGGCUUGGUGUUCUUUUAUCAUUUGCACAGUGUAUUAUUUAUUAUAAAUUUAAAAUGCCGUAUAUUUGUACGACAGCAUUUCAAUGCACACCGACUGGAAGGAUUUUUCUGUAGUUUUAUGACCAGGUGUUAAUGAGCACAAGGGUACUGAGUUUUACAAUGAAACGUGUAUAUUUCUUUUUGUUGUAUGUAUCAGCUUUAAACCUGUUUAUUUUUGGUCCCUGAACGACAUAUAAAAAAAAUAUUAUGCCCUAAAAAGAGACCAAAUAUGAAGUUUGUUACAGGUUGACUUCCAGGUCAAUGUGCGUAGCAAACAUUUACUGCAGUACACUGUGGUGAAAGAAUAGUGUUGUAUAGCCCAGUCAUAGUGAAAGCACAUGCAAGCAUGGUGUAUAACUGGGAACUAGGGUAUAAACAACAGGUAACAACAAAUUAAAAGCAUGGGUAAUCUUAUUAAACUACAGUAAGAGCAUAGUAUAAACGACCUGAAUAUACUGUGGUUAACAUACCUGGGGACAGUCUCCAAUCUUCCACUGUGCUUCAGUCCAACCCAGCUCUACUUCAGGACCAGCACUGCUAACAACAUGCUGCAAUGAUAGCAGCUAUCUGAAUCUCUUCACUGUCUGGGCAGGUUAUUUGAUCAGAUGCAGUUGUUUUUGCUUCAGAUCUAACCUACAGCUAGACAGGAGUCUAUAAACCAGACAGACUGUAUGAGAUAACACAAUUGAACAAAAUGAGCACAUAUUGUUAAAUAUAUUUCUUUUAUAUGCUUUUAAUAACCUCAUCACUCCAACAGUAUGCCUUGUUGCCUUCUGCUUUAACCAUUAUACUGAGCCUCUAGCACUAUUGUUGUCUCUACCAGUAGGUGUCGCUAUUAGACAGAACUGAAAUCAGCAAAAAACAAAUGCAGUGGGAAAUGUUCUCAAUUUUAUGUACAAAUAUAUUUCUAUGCCUUUUGUACCAAUGUGUCAAACUGAAUAAAAUGCUUUAUAUGCAG